GCGGGUGAAAAUGGGAUGCACGGGAAAGCAGGGCUCUGGAACCCAUUUCUGCAGCCCACUGCGAUCCUUCAAUCCCCGUUUCUCCAGGCAGCUGAGGCUGACAGGAUGACGAGCACGGCUCCAAGGAGCGGCCGGCCGGACACGGCCUGGAAAACCCACUGCAGGAGCCCCUUUCUCAGCAUCAAGUUCUUCGUGUUCUGCCACGGGCUGCUGCAGCUCUCCCAGCUCCUGGUCUCCGGCUACCUGAAGAGCUCCAUCUCCACCAUCGAGAGACGCUACGGCCUCUCCAGCCAGACCUCGGGGCUGCUCGCUUCCUUCAACGAGGUUGGGAACACCCUGCUCAUCGUCUUCCUCAGCUACCUGGGCAGCCGCGUGCACCGGCCGCGCCUCAUCGGCUGCGGGGCCCUGCUCGUCUCCCUGGCCGGCUUCCUCAUGGCGCUGCCGCACUUCCUCACGGGGCCCUACCAGUACGACCAGUCUGUGCCCAGCACCUUCAGCAACAGCACGGACCUGUGCCAGCCCAGGGCCCCGGGGGCCUGGGCCAACCUCAGCGAUGCCAGCUGCACCCCCCACGCCUCCAGGGAGAACCACGAGGUUCUCUUGGUCAUGUUCGUGGGCCAGGCCCUGCUGGGCAUCGGCGGCGUGCCCAUCCAGCCCUUCGGCAUCUCCUACAUCGACGACUUCGCCAGCGACAGGAACUCCCCGCUCUACCUGGGAAUCCUGUUCUCCGUGACGGUCAUCGGCCCGGGGGUGGCCUUCAUGCUGGGCUCUGCCAUGCUGAGGUUUUACGUGGACAUCGACAAGGUCGGCGCAGCUGAGGUGCCGCUCACCAACAAGGACCCGCGCUGGGUCGGGGCCUGGUGGCUCGGGUUCCUGGUGGCCGCCAGCCUGGUGGCCCUGUCUGCCCUGCCGUACUUCUUCUUCCCACGGGAAAUGCCGAAAGAGGUGGUGAGAGGGAAGCACAGAGACAGCAAGAAGAGGGAGGACAUCCUCAGGCAGCUCAGGCCGAGAUCCGAGCACAUGGAGAGCCUGUCCCUGACGGAGUUCAUCAGACGUUUUCCUGUGGUGCUGCUGAGGAACCUGCGGCACCCCGUGUACCUCCUGGUGGUGCUGGCUCAGGUCAACCUCUCUGCCAUGGUUGCUGGGUUAGCAACGUUCAUGGGCAAGUUCCUGGAGAGACAAUUCUCCCUCACAGCGUCCCUGGCCAACAUGAUCAUCGGUGCUGUGAACAUCCCCGGGGCCAUGGUGGGGAUCGUGGUGGGCGGUGCCAUCCUGAAGCGGUUCCAGAUGUCCCUGAGGCAGUGCAGCGCCCUGUGUGUGCUGGGCAUGCUGCUCUGCCUGCUCACCGCCCUCCCCCUGCUCUUCCUGGGCUGCCCCACGCAGAGGGUGGCCGGCGUCACCUACUGGGACAGCUCUGGGUUUGGAGCCCGGGACGCCGAGUGUAACGCGCACUGCCGCUGCUCCCAGGACAGCUUUAACCCCGUCUGCGGCUCCGACGGCGUGGAGUACACCUCCCCCUGCUCCGCCGGCUGCAGCGACCUCCACAUGCACACGGACAGCUCCGUCCUGAACUACACCGGGUGCAGCUGCAUCGCGGGCCCGGGGCCGGCGGGCUCCGCCCGGCCGGGCACCUGCGGCACCGGCUGCUCCCACCUCUUCGUGCCCUUCGUGGUGCUGUCCUGCCUGGCAGGGAUCCUCGCCAGCACCUCCCACACGCCGUCCUUCAUGCUCAUCCUCAGGAGCAUCCAGCCUGAAGACAAAUCAUUCGCUGUCGGGAUACAGUUUAUGCUGCUGAGAGUUCUAGCGUGGAUGCCGGGCCCGGUGCUGUACGGCAGCGCCAUCGACACCGCCUGCCUGCUGUGGGAGAGGAGGUGCGAGCGCAGGGCGGCCUGCAGAUACUACGACAAUACCCGCUUCAGGCAGAGGUACCUGGGGCUGCAGCUCUUCUUCGAGGUGGGCGCCUUCCUGUGCUUCGGGGCCGUCUAUGUGAUCCUUGGCAGGCAGGAGAGGGAAGCCAGCCAGGCACGGGAGACAAAGGCAGAGCCAGAGAAGGAGAAACUGGCAGGGAACUCCAUAAAGAGCCCGGAAUCCAAAGUGUGAGCCUGAAAGAGCGAAUCGCGCUCCGCUCUGGGGAGGUGAAGCCCCGUGGAUCGGCCCACACCCGAGCUGUGCAGGCUGGGUGCCUGGAGUGACGGACCCCCAGAUCCCCCUGGGGGGGUGAACUCUUCCUGGAGUGCUCUGCAUCCAUCCAUCCAUCCAUCCAUUCAUCCAUCCGUCUGUUGUUCUCCACCUCGGGGCUGCAGCUUGUUCCUUCCCACGGGUUAGCCCACCCACUCCAACCCAGGACUCUGCAGCCCCCUGGAUUUGUGUCCUUCAGAGCAGUUUUUCCUGCUGACCAUCUCAGUGAUGCCAGCACUGAGCAUUAACCAGACACCCGCAGGGUUUUGUGGCAUGGGUUUUUUUUUUAAAAUAAAUCAUUUUUGAGAAACCGUUUGGUACUGAACCC